UCGGGGGUCGGUGUCCGCUCCAGUCCCCACCGCCACGGUACUAGAGAGUGCAUCCAGCCAUGGAGCAGCCGCGGAAGGCGGUGGUGGUGACCGGAUUCGGCCCUUUUGGGGAGCAUACUGUGAACGCCAGCUGGAUCGCAGUCCAGGAGCUGGAGAAGCUGGGCCUUGGGGACAGCGUGGACCUGCACGUGUAUGAGAUCCCCGUGGAGUACCAGACUGUGCAGAGGCUCAUCCCAGCACUGUGGGAGAAACACAGCCCCCAGCUCGUGGUGCAUGUUGGGGUGUCGGGCAUGGCUACCACGGUGACGCUGGAAAAAUGUGGCCACAACAAGGGUUACAAAGGACUGGACAAUUGCCGAUUCUGCCCCGGCUCGCAGUGCUGUGUAGAGGAUGGUCCCGAGAGCAUCGACUCCAUUAUCGACAUGGACGCCGUGUGCAAAAGGGUGACCACACUGGGGCUGGACGUGUCUGUUACCAUCUCCCAGGAUGCUGGCAGGUACCUGUGUGACUUCACAUAUUAUACAUCGCUCUACCGGGGCCGCGGCCGCUCAGCUUUUGUCCAUGUGCCCCCGCUGGGCAAGCCCUACAAUGCCGACCAGCUAGGCCGGGCACUACGGGCCAUCAUCGAGGAGAUGCUGGGUGUCCUGGAGCAGGCGGAGGGAGACAUCAACUGUUGCCACCAGCUCUGACAGGCCAUGUACACCUGGGUGCCGUGAGAGGGGACACAGCUGGGCCCAUGGAGGGUCCUGACACAUCUGCCUCUCCUCCAGGUGGACCACAAGGGUGUGAUGGAGAGAGCUCCCUCUGGAUAUCAUCUGGGGACACUUCUGCUGUGCCCAGAGGCCAGGGCUUGGACGAGAUGGCCAGAGGCUAGUGGCCUGCACGCCUGCCAUGGCGCUACCUUGGCCCUGACCCAGUCUGCAUUUUCAGGCAUAUGGACAAGGAGUUGAAGCUUUCCCUGUGGCUGGGGCCUCACAAAGUAUCAUAAAGUAGAUCCGUCUGAUCCAUUCCCUCAGCCUGGACGGUCCCCGCCAAAGUCACUUGGGACUUGGUUGCCUUUUCUAUCUUCUCUGUCUCCAUCUAUCUCUGUGUCUGUCUUUCUGUCUCUGCCGGUCUGUUGCUUUGUCUCUGUCUCUGUCUGAGUCUGUCUUGGUUAUGCCCACCUUCCCUUCAGUGCUAGAUUAGGGAACAGAGUAAUUUAUAUUCCCAUUGGUAAGACCUCAGGCCCAGCCAACAAGUGUCUUUUCUUUGUCUUGGGGAGGGAGGACCCCUUUGCCUCCUGCCCUGAAAAUACCGUCAUACUCUGGGUCUCUGUAGUGGGCUCCCUUUGCUCAGAAGAGCAGGCUGCUAUGGCCACCACGGGCCUGGCCACAGUGGCCUCUGGUGCCUGUGGGGAGCUGAUCCUGCCAUGACCUCUCUUGUUCUCUUUUUGAUUUUUUAGACUUUAAAAUUUUAGAGACUCUAAACAUUUGAGGUAUUUGUUGUUUUUUGAGACAGGGUCUCAGGUAGUUCAGGCUGCCCAUUUGAACUUAUUGUAUAACCCAGGCUGGCCUUAUGUGAACUCCUGAUCCUCUGGCCUCAGCUUCCUAACUGCUGGGAGGACAGGUGUUUGCCACCACACAUGGCCCACCUGGGACCCAGAACCCACAGUGUGAACCAUCACCUGGGACCCAGAACCCACAGUGUGAACCGUCACCUGGGAUCUGUAGAUUUUCUCCAUCUUGAGAUGGACAGCUUCUAAUAUCCUGUUAGGGACCUGGGAGGAGAGGCUGCAGUGCUCAGGCAUGUCCCUACAUGUCGGAUCAGCCACAGAGAUAUCCGGUGACCAACAUUUGGAAAUGUGCCAGGGACUCCAGCCAGCCUUUGUCUCUGGCUGACUUUGAACUUCCAAGCCAGGAGGAGGGGCUCUCAGGAAGGGUGGGAUGUGACAUGUGACCUGGACACCUUCCAAGACCAAGUACAGUUCCUUCCAGUGAAGCCACGUCCAUGUUGGGUACCACCUUCUCUUUUGUGGAUGAUGGAGGCCUCUGUGUUCCCAUGGGGUUGAUGGAUCUGAAUUCUGAAGUGACUUCUCAUCCCUGAAUCUUUUUGUUGUUUGUGAGACUGGGUCUCCUAUAGCCCAGGCUAGCCUCCAAUUCAUAGUAGCUGAGGCUGAACUCCUGACCUUCCUACCUCGGCCUACCCUGUGCAGGGCUUAUGUGCAGGGCAUGUGUGCUGGGCUCGGCUACUUUUAAGCUCCAAUGUUCCUUGUUCUGAUGUGGUUUCUUCCUUCAUCUUUGUUGAUCUUGUGUCUGAAGCUUAUCUGUCGCCACAUGGAGACCUGAGCAGUUGGCUCUCCUUUCGAAUCUCAGGGGUGAGGGCACCCUGGAAUGCAUUGGGGUGACUUGCUGCCCCUACAAAAACAUGUAUGGGUGUGGACCAGCAUUUAAAUAACCUGGGCUCUGCUGCCCCUUCCUAUGCUAACACCUUCUCCCAGAGGGAGAGGCCCUGCAGCUUCCCAGCUAGCUGUGUGUGGGAGGGAGUAUGGCUCCUUUGCCUGUGGGGGCUCAGGAGUAAGGGAUCCCCAGGGCCCUGGGUUUUUGAGACAUCUUGUAGACAAGGCAGGCCUUGAACUCCUAGCCCUCUAUCCUCAGCCUCCCCCUGAGAUUGACAGAGAUGGAUCUGACUUAUGGUUCACAUAUAUCUUUGGUUUUUGUGUUUUGAGGCAGAGUUCUACCUGAACUCUGUAGUUCAGGCUGGCCUUCCAACUUGUGGCAAUCCUCCUCCUUCAGAUGUAUCCAGUGCCUGGCAAAUCUUCCUCAGACUAUGGGCUAUGUUCCACUCUCAGUUUCCUCAAAGCCCCCGGCAGGACCCUGGCUGGCUUUCCUUGGCCCAGCUCUGCUGGGAACACCAUGCUCUUCUGCUCAGGGACCGAGACUUCUCCUCUGGUCACCAGGAGGGUGUACAUGUCAUUUUCUAGUUCCCUCUGUUGAGCUGACAGGGAUCCCAAGAAGCGUGACUGGUAUUUAUUUAUUUAGGCAUCUCUUAAAUACACACCCCUUGCCCUAAUCCAAAA